UUAGACCAUGAUGACGAGGAAGGCAUAAAAGGAGAAUAUAAAGAUGAAACUUACUAUAUUAAAUCUAAGUCCGAUAAGAUACUAACCCCUGAAUAUCUGGAUUGGUAUUCCAAAUUAACUGAUUUGCCAACCACUAUAUCUGAUAAACUUC